AAAACUUAGCCGAUUUGGUCCGUGAAUAUGAAUUACCUUAUUAUCGUUUAUGCAGUUACAGGACAUUAAGAGGAAAGUUAGAGUUGAUUUAUGGUUUUGGUCCCUGUUGCUAUUGCAGGCAUCAGAAGAAGCAUUAAAAUGUAGUCUGUUAGCAACAGUUUAAGCCAUCAAAAUCAAGAGUUCUAGGCAUUUUAGACCUUUUUUCCCCCCUUCAUAUAUAUAUUUAUUUAUUUUUCUUUUGGAUCUGCAUUGGGUUCAUCUUAGGGGUUGAAUUGAACCUGGGUGAUUCUGAAAAGAACUAACUCCGAUUCCAUGAGGAAUUUUUGCUGGUCUAAACAAGUUCCGCUCAACCAGAAAAUUGGGAGACGGCUUUCUCUUGGCGAAUACAAGCGAGCAGUGUCGUGGUCCAAGUAUCUGGUCUCCCCUGGGGCUGCAAUAAAGGAAGAUGGAGAGGAGGAUUGGAGCGCCGACUUGUCCAGGUUGCUCAUUGGCGCUAAAUUUGCUAUUGGCAGUCAUAGUAGGAUCUAUAAAGGUGUAUACAAGAACACCGAAGUGGCAAUUAAGUUGGCAAGUCUGCCGGAGGAGGACGAAGACUUGGCUUCUUUGCUAGAGAGGCAGUUUAAUUCUGAGGUUGCCGUGCUCUUCCGAUUGCACCAUCCGAAUAUCCUGAAGCUUGUUGCCGCUUGCAAGAAACCUCCUGUUUUCUGCAUAAUUACUGAAUAUAUGCCAGGGGGGUCGCUGAGGAGGUACCUGCGGAACCAAAAUCCCUAUUCACUCCCACCCAAAAUUGUUCUGAAAUUAGCCCUCGACAUUGCACGGGGUAUGCAAUAUCUUCAUUCUCAGGGGAUACUUCAUAGGGAUCUCAAAUCAGAAAACCUUCUGCUGGGAGGAGAUAUGCGUGUAAAAGUUGCAGACUUUGGAAUCUCAUGCCAAGAAUCUGAGAGCUUUACUACUAAUGAAUUUACUGGAACUUAUCGUUGGAUGGCACCUGAAAUGUUGAGAGAUAAGAAUCAUACCAAGAAAGCAGAUGUCUACAGUUUUGGCAUAGUUCUAUGGGAGCUUUUAACAGCAUUGACACCAUAUGAGAACAUGACACCAGAGCAGGCAGCAUUUGCGGCUUCCCAAAAGAAUGCAAGGCCACCAUUGCCACCUGAAUGUCCACUGGCGUUCAGUUGUCUGGUCACCAGAUGCUGGGCAGCCAAUCCACAUAAACGGCCGCACUUCGAUGAGAUAGUUUCCAUCUUGGAGGGCUAUUCAGAAUCCCUGAAGGAGGAUCCAGACUUCUUCUCUAAUUUCAUACCACCGCCUUCUAAUACUAAUAUCAUUAAGGAAUACUUACCAGAAUGCAUUUCUGGUCGUAAAUCAGCUCUGUGUAAUGCUUAAUCUCCUAAACGGCAAAUUUGUUCAGUGAAUAAGUACGAGCUGUCCAUAAUCCUUUUCUUUUCUAAAUUUAUGGAGAUUCGUUUUUUCCCCCUCCUGGUGCAAGAGAAGAAAAACAGCUGUAUCCUUCCUGGGUUAUCGAUGAGUUGAUAUGGCUAUGGCCAUUAUUUCUAAUGCCCGAGAAUGUAAUUUCUUAGAAGUUAAUAAUAAAAGUGAGUCUGAGUCUGAUUCUGAAAA